AUGAAAACACUUGCCCAGCUGCUGCUGGCGAGCCUCGGGGCAGGUGUCGCCUCGGCGGAAACAAAAGCUUUCUGCCCCGACUACCUGAACUACUCCCAGGUCACUCACGAGCCGCUUUCGACGGGCAAGUAUGCGCUGUCUUACCAGCGCCCGAUCCCGGCUUGCCGCACCUUCAACUCGUCCACGGUCGAGGCCCUCAUCGCCAACAUGUCUUCCGUUGUGGCUGACCCGGAUCUUUACCGCCUCUUCGAGAACACGUUCCCUAACACGCUCGACACCGCCAUCCGCUGGCGUGGUCAUGCUGCCAACAACUCGGCUGAGGAGCUGGCCUUCAUCAUCACCGGCGACAUCAACGCCAUGUGGCUGCGCGAUAGCGCCAACCAGCUGCAGUCCUACCUCCCCGUUCUCGAGUCCGACCCGGUGCAGAUCCAGCAGCCCGAGUCCAUCGCCAGCCUCUUUCGCGGCGUCAUCAACCUCCAGGCCCGCUACCUGCUGACCUCGCCCUUCUGCAACUCGUUCCAACCGCCUCCGGAGAGCGGUAUCCAGCCCGCCGUCAACACGGACGCGGCCUCCGACGCCGUCACCCCCGCCUACGACCCCCGCGCCGUGUUCGAGUGCAAGUACGAGCUCGACAGCCUCGCCGCGUUCUUGCAGGUCAGCACGCAGUACUACGAGACGACCCACGACGCCGCUUUUUUCGCCAAGUUCCAGUGGCUGCCCGCCGUGCAGGCCGUGCUGGCGACGGCGCGCGCCAUGGCCGACGCGGGCACCUACGGCGCCGACGGCCGCGUGCUGCCGAGCCCCUACACCUUCACGCGCCAGACCAGCCGGACGACCGAGACGCUCGCGAACGACGGGCUGGGCAGCCCCGUGCGCGUGACCGGCCUCGUGCGCAGCGCGUUCCGCCCCAGCGACGACAGCACGCUGUUCCAGUUCCUCGUGCCGGCGAACAUGAUGUUUGCGCGCUACCUGGCCGGCGCCGCCGGCAUCGUGGCCAAGCUGGGCAGCCAGGCCCCGCCGGGCCUGGCUGACGAGAUGAACGCGUUCGAGCGGGCGCUGAGCGCAGCCAUCGCCAAGCACGGCGUCGUGCCGGUCGUCAGCGCCAACGGGAGCAGCGUCGAGACGGUCUACGCGUACGAGGUGGACGGCUACGGCAGCGCGAACCUGAUGGACGACGCCAACGUGCCGUCGCUGCUGGCGGCGCCGUUCUUCGGGUACCUGGCCAACACGGACGCCGUGUACCAGCGGACGAGGGCCAGGAUCCUGAGCGCGGACGCGAACCCGUACUUCAUGAAGGGGUCGGCCAUCAGCGCCGUCGGCGGCCCGCACGUGGGGCCGGGCAUGGCCUGGCCCAUGGCGAGCAUCGUGCGGAUCCUGACGUCGGACGACGACGGCGAGAUUGUCGCGCAGCUGAAGGAGAUCCUGGCCACCACCGACGGGCUGGGGCUGAUCCACGAGAGCGUCAACUCGAAUAAUGCGAGCCAGUGGACGCGGCCGUGGUUCUCGUGGGCCAAUGGCCUUUUUGGCCAGAUGAUCCUUGAUUUGCGCUUCCGAAAGCCAGAGAUUCUAAAGCAGAGUUUUCAAUGA